AGUUCUUCCAAGAACUGUGUUCGCCGGACGCUUCCAAGAAAAACAGACCAGGUGGACAACAUGUCAAGUGCAGCAGAUGGCUGCAUCAAAUUCACUCGGCAUGCCGGUGAUGUGCUGUUCAACUUCAACCGUCUGCGCAGCAGAAACAUCCUGACCGAUGUCACCAUUCUGGUCGGUGGACAGCAAUUCCCGGCACAUAAGACAGUUCUGAUGGCAUGCAGCGGCCUCUUUUACUCUAUGUUUGCCGACACCCACAAAAGUAACCUGAGCUUCAUAAGUUUAGAUCCAAAGGUGGACCCCACUGGUUUCGCCAUACUGUUGGAGUUUAUGUACACGUCUUGUCUCACGCUUAAAGAUAACUUCAUUAUAGCCACACUCAACACGGCCACAUACCUACAGAUGGACCAUGUAAUGGGCAUGUGCCAGAGGUUUAUAGACUCCAGGGGCUUGUGUGUGAAGCAGAAAGAUCAUGGAUGUUUAACUUCAGAAGCUCCAUUUAUUCUUAUUGAUGCCCUGAGCAACCCAUCCAGUGUUAACACCAGAACUUACGGUCCACGCAGUCUACACUAUGCAAUCAGCACUUCCACUGAAAGCCCUACUCGAUUCUACAGACACCUUCCUCUCCCACUGGAGAACUCCAACACCACAAACCCCCUCUGGCAGAUCCCAAAGACUGGCAUAACAUCCCUGCCAGACAGUGGAGUGACUACUGGUAGAGCCAUGGAGACCAGAGAGGAGAGGAACCGCCCGUCUGUGCUCUUCCGGUCAGCUCAGGCUGAGGGAGACAGGAAGGGAGCUCCAUGUGUGAAUUCAGAGUUGGAGAACAUUGAGCCUUCUGACACCAGUGGUCCUCAAAGCCCCUUUAGAUCAGACUGCCAGCCAAACUCACCCGCAGAGUCCAGCAGCUGUAGUCGAUGGGCAGCAUCUCCUCAGAGCUCAGUGAGUGAUCCCAAAGUUCGCAACUGGAAGAAGUACAAGUUUAUAGUGUUGAACUCCACAGAUGGAGUGAAUGACCAUAACACACCAACUCCAUCCCAAACAGUUACAGAUUCCACCAAUAAGGCCAAUGAAGAUGCAGCCAGAAAUCAACCCAAUAUUGACAGCAGCUUUACAGAUGAAUGCAUUCAAAAAGAGGAGCGUGGCUCUUCAUCUCCUCACCUCAACACUUUGACAGACGAGAGCAGCAUGGUACCCACAAGAUUAGGGGAGAAGCCAUACUGCUGUAAUGUGUGUGGAGCACAGUUCAACAGGCCUGCAAAUCUGAAAACCCACUCACGUAUCCACUCAGGAGAAAAACCGUACAAAUGUGAAACCUGUGGCUCUCGCUUCGUCCAGGUGGCUCAUUUGAGGGCUCAUGUACUGAUCCACACUGGAGAGAAGCCAUACCCAUGUGACGUCUGCGGCACUCGCUUCCGCCACCUUCAGACACUCAAGAGUCACCUAAGAAUACACACUGGAGAGAAACCUUAUCAUUGUGAGAGUUGUGACCUGCACUUCCGCCACAAAAGUCAGCUGCGACUGCAUCUGCGGCAGAAACACGGCGCUGUCACCAACACCAAGAGCCAGAACCGCAAAACCAGACCAGACCUCUAAGACCUGAAAAAAAAAAAAAAAUCAAUUUAGCUCUUCACGGACUUAACAUAAACCAUCAAAGCAAAGCUAUCCUACAAGAUACAUGUCAGACCUG